AUGGACGAGGAAAAAGAAAAGAAGGAGCGUAGAACUCGCCGGGCAAGAGAAGAGCAAGAGGCGAAGCAGCAAAGUGCCAAAGGAAAGUCAUCUGGAUCUUCCGUAGCAGCUCCAGACGUGAGCGAACACAGCAAUCGUUUGUCUCGCUCAAAGAGAUAUCCUUCCAGUCGAUCAAGUGAAGAUCGAGAGGCAAAGGAAAGAGCCAGAGAAAGAGGAAAGUCUUCGCGUUCCGAAGUAGGUGCUCACAGUGAAUCCAAUCGGCCACGUUCCAAGCGAGAUAAAACACGGGUUAAGUCUUCGGACUCCCGUAGAACCCGACAAGACCAAGAUGCGAAGGAUAGAGCCAGAGGAGGAAGAUCUGCGCAUAGCGCUUCAAACGGGUCACGUUCCAAGAGAGAUGAAGAAGCCAAAGCUAGGGGUAAACGUGGUUCUGGAGCAUCCAAACCUGGAGCUGAGCCCGGAUCAAGGCGUGAAAACAAGGAGACUCGCAAGGCCAGUAGGCGUGGAAAGGAAGGGGGGAUCGCUGAUCUCCCUAUAGUUAACGCAUCGGAUGAUCAAAAACUUACAGAGCCCGUGGCAAAUACUCCAGGCGGUGAGGAAGGAUACAGACUUGAAGCCUUGGCUGUUGAAGACCAGCAAGACGAUAGAGUCCAGAACCUUGAAGAAAGAAACAAGGCCAUACAAAAGCAGAUGGACGAUUUGAAGCGCACCCUUGAUAACCGAAACAAUGAUGUUGAAGAGGAAACUGAAGAUCCACCCCCCUCAUCAUCAAACAAGAAGAAGUAUCUGGUUCCGUUCGCCAUUUGUGCCGUUCUUGCGAUUGUGAUUGCGGUUGUUGUGGUCUUUGCUAUUCCAAAAGGCGAAGAUGACCCUUCAGAGUCCAAUGAAGUAAACGAUCUCAUCAACACCGAUCCUGACACGGACAAUCCAACCGUCCUGCAGAGUGCUUCGCCAACGGAAUCUCCCACGGCCUCCUGUACCUCGCUUUUGUUCGAACCGCCAUCUUUGGGCGAUUGUAUUGCGAUCCGAGGCCAACGAGAAGUUGCAGGCCAGGACGCAAUGAAAUUAGAAGAAAUUGAAAUGGUCUUGGACAUUUCACUGUUCGACGAAAACCCUGAGACGGACACUUGGCGAACCCAAAUAUUGACUUUUGUUGAGGAGGCAUUCACUCCUUCUCUUGCCGGAUGCGAUAGUGUUGACUCUAAUUCACCACUGAGCUGCAUUCGGUAUGUGGUUGCCAAUGCUGCUUUAGUCAGUGGUGCAAUGGGGCAGAGACGCGCGCUGCAGGAUGAGUCCUGUGAAGAUGGUGCUGAAUUGCCGUGCCAGCGUACAAAAAUCGAUCUUAACCUCUUUCUCAAGGGCGAUGUCAGCUUUUUGGCUCUCAGCUCUCUCAUCUUGGAAGAUGUGGACUUGCCCAACUUACUAUCAGCUGUGUUUUCUGGAGAUUCAGUCAUCCAGAACGUGAAGCUCAUUGCGAUCCAAAGACGGGUUGAGGCUGAUACCCUUCCACCAACAGCAAGUGAUCCUUCUUCGAAGAUUCCCUCUGAAAUGCCGUCGAUGGAUCCGACGAGACAACCUGUCACAUUCCCAACCACGGAAGAGCCUACGAAAGGUCCUUCAAAGGCUCCAAGUGCUGUUCCAAGUGCUGUUCCAACUUUGACUCCAACAACGCCAAGUCCAACUAUGCCGGAUUCUACCCCCGGUCCCACAGCCCCUCCAUCCAAGAUUCCGACUCGUUUUCCAACACCCACCCCGACCCAAACCCCGACGUUGGUCCCAGUCCCGGACCCUACUCCCCUUCCCACAGCCACCCCUUCAAGAUCUCCUUCGCGCAGUCCCACAGAGCAUCCUUCUAUAAGCCCCAGUCCGGCACCUACCGUUGCCCCAAGUGAUGCCCCAUCAAGCAUUCCCACAUGUUAUUUUCCUAUUGUUACACCAAAAUUAUAUUUUGCGAACCCUGACGAGAGUUCCCGUGCCAACCAUACAUCGUACGCUGCCACUCUCGGGAUGACAUUGGCAACAGUGAGAGAUACUAGUGAGUAUGAACAAAUUCGAGCAAUUUACAAAUAUUUUGAGGUUGGAUUGUGGCUCGGAGCAGCCCAAGAUCCAGCAGGAAUAUGGCAAUGGGAUGGGGAUAAUUGCCCAUUUUACACAGCUACGGACGGUUGUUUGCAACCUGGGGGUUGUUUCUGGAAUCCAGGAGAACCGAAUAGCUUUCAAGGACUGGAGACUGCUUUGGAAUUCAAGGAACAUCCGACUACAAACGAUGACUUUGGUUACAAUGACUUCAACCCCACAAUGAACCUAGCUGGAAUCUAUGAAAAGCCGCUAUCGUCUGUUUGCAAAGAACAAGCUUACUAUUGCGCGCCUUCUAUGACGUAUGCGGAACACGUUGGUAAUGCUACUGCAAUGGGUAUGAGCUUGGCCAAGGUCAAGGAUCUAGAUGAUCACCUUUGCAUCACAGGAAUAGUAUCAAUUGUCGCUCCUGCUGUUGGCUAUGUACAUUUUCUUGGUGGCAAUGACUCGGAAUCGGAUGGUGUUUGGAAGUGGGAAGGCGAAACUGACCCAUUUUACACUACAGCGGACGGUUGUUUGCAACCUGGUGGGUGUUUUUGGAGAAGCGGCGAGCCCAACAAUUUUCGCGGUCCUGAAAAUGCAUUGGUCUUUGAUGUUACAGGAUGGGGUGAUUACCCAGAAGAGUUCUCACGGCCUGGGAUCUAUGUAAAAUAG